GUUAACGUUAUGUUGACGUCAUUUGGACGUCAUUCUAGCUACAUAAUAGAAUAAAUACGGCGACGAAAUGGUUGUUUCACCGCAAAGUCCAGCCAGCGAAACCCAAAGUGUGCAAGUAAAAAAAAUCAAUAUGGCAGCCAAACAAACUUCAGUAGCGGACACAAGAGCGGAAUUAGCAGAACUAGUAAAGAGAAAAGCAGAGGUCGCUGAAACUUUAGCUAAUUUAGAGCGGCAAAUUUAUGCUUUUGAAGGUUCUUAUUUGGAAGAUACACAAUUGUAUGGGAAUAUAAUUCGAGGAUGGGACAGAUAUUUAGCAACAAACAAAAGUACGAAUUCAAAGGCGGACAAACGUAAUAGAAAAUUUAAAGAAGCUGAAAGACUGUUUUCUAAAUCUUCCAUUACAUCUAUGGCGGCUGUAAGUGGACUUGUUGAUCCUGCAGAAGCCAAAAAUGAAAGAAAUAGCGAAACCGAAUCUCAGACUAAUGAAGAUUCCUCUGAUACACAAAUCAGUACGGGCAUGAUUGGAAAUUUGAACCAUACUACUAUCCACGGUUCUACUGAAAGCAUUGCGUCUAAGCCCUCUGGCAAACAACACACUAAUGGUAAUAUUGAAAAAACUAUCAACAGUGUAUUAACAAAGCAAAGUAUUACACAGAAAAUUGCUACCUCAUCUAAUGUACUUCAAAAGGCUUUUGGCAAUGACAACAAAAUGUUAACAGCUAUUGGAUUAGACAGUAGACCAAGCACACCAAAAGAAAAAGACAGUGGACUUGGCUUAAUAAACAAAGGCGAAACUACACCAAACUCCUUAAAACAUAAGUUAUCGAACAGUAGUAACAACAGUAAUAUUAAAAAGAACAACAAUAAAAAAGCAAGGCACAGAUAAAGUCUAUAAACAUUUUCCAUGUGUACAAGUUACUUACUGUCCUACAGAGUCUAUAGUGUAUUCUUGGAUACUUAAGUGUUAAGACAAUGACAGGUCAAAUAAAAAUACUGUAUAAUAAA